UUCUCAUCUCGUUCACCUCUUCGAAUCGAUGCUCUAAAAUGCGAUUGCGGCCCAGCGAAUAAACCUCAAUUGUGCAGUCGGAGGCUCAUGCAGAGAAGCCAUCAACCCCAAAUCCUAAGACGGCAAUCUCCGCUACACAGCCUUCACAAGGCAUCUGUCACUGAGGUUCAACGGCUCGUGAACUCGCAAGAGACCCGCAAUCACAGCCAGCCACCUGAAGGAUCCUGUAGCUUAUUGAUCCCACCGGCAUUCCGGGCGUCCGCAAACGAGGCCGCGUACCUGUCGAGCCUGUCAAAGCCUCUGACCUUGUUAUAUCCCCGGAUCAUCCGGGUUUGAGCUUGAAGGGAUUCGACUCCUCCUGUCUCGACCACGAGAAUCACGAUGGGUCCACAGGCACCCGUUCUCGCGUGUCCACGAGCAUUGAGGAGGAGGAGAUGAUGUAUCAGUUGACACCACGCGGAUCAUGCCCGUUCUGGCGGUCCCCUUGGACGGGAGACUCCAGCACUGCCAGCCUGACCCAGGACCCAGGACAGACGGUACCGUACACGCCCGCUGCUGGUGGGGGCUGCGACUUUGUCGGCAACACGCUGCUCUUUUUCAGUCCAUGAGGAUCCAGUAUGAGGGUCUGUGUAACCUUCAUGAUGCCCCACAAGGACGGGUGUUGAUGCAAUACUCUUCCGUGGGCCACUCUGCGUCGCCAAAGUAGUGGGCCUGUGAAACACGACAAGAGGACGUCCAGGGCCAAAAUCCUUCGUCGUUCUCCAGGGCCUUGGCCCCUCAUACUGGCAGACUGGAUGACGGGUAGGAUCACAUGUGGCUGCUUGUCUCGACCAUCAGCAUCACCCACCGGUAUGGAGUGUGUGAUUGUAGGGCUGCCUCGUCAGUGGAUCCGGACACAACUCACCCCUGAUUCCCAGCGUUCCCAUCGUUCAAGGUGGGCUCAGCGACUGCCACUCAACUCAAGCCUACUACCUUCAAAACGUGCUGCAAUGGCCCUUUGUCGGAGCAUCAGGGCCCAGUGCCCUCAAUUUACCCGUCUAGCCGGCUUCCAAACUGUGGCACCAGAGACAUGUCCAUGUCUGUACGGGGCAAGAUUUCAAUGGAGAGCACCUCCGUGACUCACGCUCGACGCAUAUCGUAAGUCUCGAGCCGGCGGAAUCCCCCGCAUUUCGACAGGCCAAAUGACUGAUCUGGACAAGAUGCAAGCGAUGUCAGAAGCGAAAGAUAAAAUGCACGAGAACACAUCCCUGUUCUAAUUGCACUGCAGCAAAUGUACGGUGCGAAUUCCGUGAACAUGACUUCAAGCGGCCGCCAGUCUCCCGAGAGUACAUAGCCGCCCUCGAGUCACGGAUUGCAACUCUCGAAGCCGCUCUCGGAAGACUCAAGGGCGCUUCACCUGAAGAGCGGGAUGAGAUCUUAGAGGGGGCCACUGUCCAGGAUCAAACCCAGCCUUUCUCACCCGGGACAGCAGCCGAACAAGACGUGGAUGAGAUCACGCUCAGCGAUGCUCUGAGGAACGCAACGCUGCAUGAAACCGAUGAAGGUGCAUUUGCGUAUCACGGCCCAACCAGCAUCUUCAACAGCAACCUCAUCGAGCCGCCAAGUCCCAUGGCGACAUCGGCUGUCUCGUCACCCUUCGCCAACAGCGUGAACGCCUUGCACACCCCGACAAUCCGGCUAUGCAUCGCACUCUUCUUUGGGUGGCAAUACGCGCACUUCCCGUUCAUCGACCGAGAAUACUUCCUGCAGAUGUUUGAGGACAGCUCUGCCACUGGCGUUGAAUCGGGGUUUGCUCCUCUCGUGUAUGCCUGCUGUUCUGUGGGUGCACUGAUGUCUCAAGACGUUGAGAUACGAGAAGAGGCCGCACCAUUUGCGCAGUAUUCGGAGGAGCUGUUGACGCUGGACAAACUGAAUGCACCAAGCAUCACUGUGGUCCAGGCCUUUCUGGUGCUGGCCGCCUAUAACUUUGGAUCAGGUCGGAUGACCAGGGGCUGGGUGCUGUCAGGGGUCUCAUUCCGUAUGGGACAGGAGCUGGGCUUCCAGCGCGAUCACUCACACUGGGAAAUCGCCCGCAAGCCAAGCAACACCCCCUCCGUGAACUUCAAUAACGAGCAUUGGCGGAAGCUGUAUUGGGGCUCGUUUCUCGUUGAUAAAAUCCUCAGUCUUUUCAUGGGCCGACCAACCUUCAUGCACGAUACCGACGCAGAUGUUGAUAUCAGCGAGCCUCCACCGGAUGAUCCUCACAUAUGGGAAGACUGGCUGCUCUCCCACGAUCUCGGCUUCCUUGUAGAAGACAGAACAGCCGCCCCAAACCACACAUCGCUGUUGCAUCAGCAAGUAGAGCUGGGCCGCAUCAUCCACGACAUUCUGUCCACAACAUUUGUACCCAAACGAAACGAGCAGUCCAAGGCCAGGCGGUGGACCAAUGUGCUGCUCAAUCAGCUCAACGCCAGGCUGCUUGCAUGGCACGAGACACUGCCGAGUGAUAUGAGGUGGAAAAAAUGGGUUACGGCAAAAGAGAACCUGUUGCCGGAUAUUGCCAUGCUCCACGCGUUGUAUCACAAUACUCGAAUCUGUCUGAACCUGCCUUUUCUCGCCUCGUCCUUGGAAGAUGGGCCCCGCCCCUCAGGCGCAACACAAAGCCACGGAGGUCCCAGCAAGCCCCAGGCCGCGCAGGCGCGCUACCUCGUCGAGUCGGCCAAUAUAUGCAGGCUCUCAUCCGAGAGCCUGGUCGACAUCCUGCACCGGUUCAGGGCGCAGCACACCCUCGCCAACUCGCCGAUCAUCCUGCUCUACGCCGCCAUCGUCGCGGCCAACGCCUGCCUCGUCACGCUGCGGCACCAGCACAGGAGCACGGCUGAGCCGCCACUGCGGAUCAGAGACACCUCCCUGCCGGCGCUGGAUACCUAUCUCCAGGAGCUGAGCGUGUCGUGGGCACUCGCUGGAGAGGCGAGAAUAAAGUUCCAGCGGGCGCUGACCGCGCUGUGCCGUCCGGACAUGACCGUCCCAGGACAACAGAUCUUUGGCAGCGAGCAGCGGUGGGACAGUACCUCGGCACAGCCAACCCCCGCCGCCGCCGCCACCCCCGCCGGGUCAGACACGCAUUUCAUGGACAUGUACACCGUGGAUCCAGCCCUCCAGACCUCCGUGGACCAAGGGCUUGUCUCAGGCUGGUACCACGCAUCACAGCAUCACAGCAACAUGCGACCGCAGAUCCAGGUGAGUGGCGGCGCGACGGGGACUUGUCCGUCCCCAGACGCCGGCUUCGAGAGUCCCAUCCCGUUCGUGUGGGACCCGAUGAGCGUGCUGGACGGCGAGGCUGAGCUGUGGGCGGCCACCGGCGGCGGCGGCAGCGCCGUGUUCCCGGCUGAGGUUGGCGUGGGAGGCUUCGAUGUGGGUUCUGGUGGUGGGGUCCCGUGGGCGGAGGGGGAGACGCAGACGACGGGGUUGUGAUGGC